AUUUCCGGUCUCACCUGCGCCACCUUCAUGCGGUACCUAUAUAAAGUCAUGUUAUCGGUACAUGCCGCUGUAUGUGGAGCUCCUCUAUCUCUGAGGCUCCGGAACCGGCUCACCCACAGCCGAACAACCGUUACCCGUCCCCGCUGACUCCGCGGCUCAACCAUGGCUCUGAGCCUCUUGGAGAUGGUGAAGCUGCUGGUCUUCAAACUGGUCACGGGAUUUUUCUACAUGCUCUAUAAGAUUUUCGCUCCGAGUAGAUCCCAUCUGAUCGGGAAGAAGGUCCCGCCCGUCAGCGACCCUCUGCUGCUGAUGUCCGCCAAGCAGCUCGCUACGAAGAUCCGGAAAAAAGAGGUGUGUACCCGGUCAGACAACAACACGACCCCCCAGCUGCUUCAACAACAGCUUUUAGCCUGUAUUAUAACUGAAUAAGUGUGUCUGAACUAGAGCAGGUAAAUGUUUGUUUGUAAUCACUAAAGUUAAACAUGCAGAUGAGUGUUUGUUUUCACAUCUGUGCUGUGGUGUAAUUCCCAACAGCACACCUUUAGGUACAUCCUAACCUAGUUGUUGCACUUUCACCUUUUUUUCUUCUGUUUUAUCUUCAUAUAUUGAUUAUAGCAUCACCUGUGGAACAGCAGCUUCAUACUGUUUAUCUUAAUAAUACUUAACAUGAUGUUCUCACCUAAGAAACAGCUGCUUUCUAACUACCCUGCAGCCAUUUAUCUAUCAUCUGUUUAACUGUCACACCACCUGCUAAGCACAGGUAAGACUUAGAAGUAGAUGUAGUUGACUCUGAAUAAUGUAGUACUUUAAGUUCAGUUAAAAAGGAUUCAGAUGUGACUGUACUGCUGUUAUAUAACACUCAAUAUGUAGUGCAGAUGUUGCAGCUGAAACAUCUGGUCUAUUAAUCAACUAGUAAAUGAUAUAAAUCCUGAUUCUUGAGUGUUUUUCAAAAUGCAUUUUUUUUUGCAAGGGAACUUUUUCAAUUUUUUUCUCUGACAUAGGACUUAGCACUUUAAAAGUGUUAAAACAUAUCUCGAUUUCCAUAUUGAUGCCUUUUUAUGACGCAUGUGAACAAACAGCGACAAGAUUAGCGAUUUUCAUAUCCUAGUUUUUAAAGCCUGUAACUGUAAGGAGGUAGGUGUGAGCUAAGCAGCUGAGGAAGAAGCCGUUUUUACAUUUUCCGCUUAAAAUGUUCAUGAUAAAUGAUACAGUUGACUGUUAAAAGGGUGAGGUUCUUGUUAAUAAAUGCUUCUUAGGCAGGUAUAGGAUAGGAUAAGCAAGGCGGCGGCGCCGAAACGGACACAAACCAAACAUUCGUCAUUUUAAAGUUACUUUAGUGUUUUUCUUUUGGCUCAAGUUAAGUUUCUCUAAAAUACCUUUGGCGAGCGCAACAGCCAGAACAGCCAUCGAAUACUUUGAUUGAUUACACUAUAUAGUGUGCACUAUACAAAAUGAACACCAGAAUAAAGGGAUGACAUGCUUAAAAAAAGACAGAAUUAUAAAUGACACUCCCAGUCAGACUUAGGAUUUGAAGAGGGGGCUGCGAGCUGAGCUGCCACUAACAUUAGCCAAGCAUUGGUGCACAACCUUCAGUUUACAACAGCCAGAACAGCCACCCAAUACUUUGAUUUAUUAGAAUAUCUGGUGUUCAGUUUACGAAAUGAACAUCAGAAUAACGGGAUGACAUGCUAAAAAACAAGGAAUUAUAAAUGACACUCCUAGUCAGAUUUAGGAUAUGAAGGGGGGCUGCGAGCUGAGUAUAGUGUACACUAUACAAAAUGAACGUCAAAAUAAAGGAGUGACAUGCUAAAAAAAAAAAAACAGAAUUAUUAACAACACUCCUAGUCAAACUUAGAAUUUGAAGAGGGGGCUGCGAGCUGAGCUGCCACUAACAUUAGCCAAGUAUUGGUGCACAAGCUUUCAUUCAUUAAACUGCAAUUUUACCGAUAAUACAAGAGAUAUUGAUAAUGGUGCAUACAUUUGUUUUAGUGGUAGUACAGAGGGGGUACCAGCUUAUACUCAAAUAUCUGCGCUAAUGUCGAACCUGUUUGACAUUUCACCUCCAGGCAUGUUCUCUCUGUACUUUUCCCCAAAUCGCUGUGUUUGACUCCUUCUUGUGCUCUGUGAUUUGUGCGCUUGUGUGCGUGUGUGUUACCUUCUCUCAUAGACCAAAUAUUGUGUUUCUGCAGGUUACGAGUGUGGAGGUGGUGCAGGCUUACAUCGACAGGAUCCAGGAGGUCAACCCUCUUCUGAACGCUAUUGUAAAAGACAGGCAAGGCAGAAUCACACGUCUAUAUGAGGCUUUUAUUUUGUUGAGUUUGAGCUGCAACAGUUGUUUGGUUUCUCUUCCCUAAAGUUUGUUAAUGGUUGCAAACUGCAUAAUUGGAGUUAAUUUGGCACUUUUUGGGGGGUUUUGCUUAUGUAAUUCCACUCCUGUACAAAAUGUUCUCACCUGUCAAAUAUGGCACACCUUCCUUAUAUAACUUGAGUCCUUAAAAAAUGUUCUUUUGCCCUCACAUGUCAAAUCUGACAUCUUCCAACUUCAGCGUUUUCUCCUUCAAAUUAUAGUCCUUCGACGCCUCAGGGGGGUUUUUGUGUUUAAGCUGAGGUAGAGGCACCGGGAGUCAAAAAUACCAUGAAUACAUGCAGUGACAGCAGAUUACCUCGAGCGUGUUAGUCUGAAAGUAUCAUCAGUCACUGCUGGUGAACAGGGGACUCAACGAACAAUUUUCGUUCAAUUUUGGCUUCGAAUUGAAACACCAACGUACUUCUUCUUUAGGUUCGAUGCGGCCCUUCAGGAAGCGGCCCUGGUGGACAAGUUGGUCGAGGAGGAGACAGAUGGAGAGGAGGUUCUGGAGGACCGCCUGCCUCUUCUCGGAGUCCCUCUGUCUGUCAAAGAGUCGUACGCUGUCCAAGGUAAACUUCCAAACAUCUGAUCUCAUGUCAGUCACAUGAAACCAGCGCCUUCGCCAUGAUUACAUACAUCAAAUACGCUGUAAGCGAGCCCCUGCUAACGUGUGUACACACCCAGUUAUUGUCCAUCAGAGAAAUUUGAACUCUCCAUACUUCACCUGGUUUAAAAAAAGCCUCCCCGUCCUGCAGGUAUGCCUUACACCGGAGGUUUGGUCCACAGGAAAGAUGUCAUGGCCACCGUCGACUCUCCCCCUGUUGCAUGGCUGAAGAGAGCAGGCGCCAUCCCCAUUGGUGUCACCAACACCCCCGAACUGUGCAUGUGGGGCGAGUCCCACAACCACCUGUACGGCAUCACCAACAACCCGUACGACCUGUGCAGGACAGCAGGAGGGAGCUCAGGUCAGAGGAUCCUGUUGUUAAAUUCAGGUCUAAAGUCAAAGAGCAUUUGUCGGGAGCAGCUUAUUGUUAGAAGUGUCUUUGUCUCCAUAAACAGUCCUGGUUUGGCCUGAUAAUCAUAUUACAGACUCACAGAGGCUCUGCUCCUCGACCUUUAAAGAGGAACUCGUGUUACUCUCCGAAACGGGUUAGAAGUAGGGCCUGACCAAUAUGGAUUUUUUAGGGCCGAUGCCAAUACCGAUUAUUAGGCGGGGAAAAAUCUGAUUACCGAUUAGUUGGACGAUUUUUAAAAUUUUUUAUGAAGUUAUAAAAAUAUAUUUAUAUACUGUAGAUAUACUGUAGGCUACUGCUCUUCAUGCCGACAGGAAGACCAAAUGAUCAAACCCGGACCAGAAAAGCGUUUUCAACUACCGCUCCCGCCGAUCGGUGCCUCCACGUCUUAACUUACGUUACUCACAUCCGGUCCGGUCUGAUCUGGAGACAUGCAGCUGCCUCAGUAAGAGAAGUAGCUGUUGUUUAUUCUACCGUUACUGGCACGGCUAACAGUGUAGCAAGGCUAAUAGCAGGUGGCUAACUCUAACUUUAGCUUGCAUAUUACAUGGUGCUUCACCGUUAACUCGGCGUGAACGAGACCAGCACAGCGGGGAACAUGGUGAAGUGGGUUGAACUGAAACUUGUUGACUUAUUGCGUAUUUCACAAACUAGUUUCAUUAUUGUUGAGGCGGACCACUCUCCUCCGUGCGUCCCUGAGCUGCCUGCUUCAGAUCCGUCUCUCUGCUGUGCUGUGAGGUAGUUAGUGGAUGAAGAUUGUCAUGAGGUCGCUGCGCCAUCUACAGGAUAAGUUGGUGAACUUUUCAAAUGGCGGAACAUUUUCAAAGUGAAAAUCGAAAAAUCGAAAAUUGGCGAGUUUUGGCCGAUUACCGAUUAGUGCUAAAAUUGACAGAUUUAAUCGGCUCGCCAAUAAAUCGGUCGGGCCCUAGUUAGAAGAACUUGGAUUUGUGGAGAAAGUAAAGAAAGAGGUGCCUCAUGUCUGAUAAACCUACUUAAGUGAUACUGUUUAAUAGUUUUUAAGUUUGGUAGAGAAUUGGAGGCCACUAAAAAAUCAAAAAUAAAAGGUCUGAACUUUUUAUUUGAAUUCUGAAAAACCUAAACUAAAUCCAUCGAGGAUCAUGAGGUUUAUGUUUUUGAAUGUGCAGGUUGGGAGGGCUGUGAUCUCCUCUGUAGAUAUGGUUUCUUCUUAAACCCUUGGCCGCAGUCUCUCAGAGGUGGUGCAGAAAUAAACCAACAUAUCGCUCCUCUGUCUCUUUGUUUACCUUCUCUCUCUCUUAUCUCUCAGGAGGCGAGGGCAGUAUCUUGGGAGGAGCGGGCUCUGUUAUCGGCAUCGGCUCAGACAUCGCUGGCAGCAUCCGCAUGCCGUGUUUCUUCAAUGGGAUAUUUGGCCAUAAAACUACGCCUGGUGAGAACAAAAGGUCUUUGUUAGAGCGCUUUUGAAGCACCAGGUUUUACACUAACAAUGAUGCGUUCCUGCAGGCGUGGUGACCUCUGAGCACCAGUAUCCUCCCACCACUGGCAGACAUGAGGAAUACGUUAGCAACGGUCCGAUGUGCCGCUACGCCGAGGACCUGGUGCCAGUGCUGAGGAUCAUGUCAGGGCCCAACGCUCACAUGUAAGUAACAUGAUAGUGUGUGUCUGCAGGGGAAGGGGGAGGGGGUUUACAGAGUACCUUUUGUUCUCUUACACAUACCUCUCAUGAGGUAAUGUCAUGAGAGCGGCUUCCUUUAAAGUCGAUAAACUCGUUUUUUCGAGAACAUGUUGUAAAGUUUAGACAGCGAAUUCAGGAGAGUGUUGAUACGCAAAUAUGGCAGGAGGCACAUGCAUCUUUUUUUAAACUCACCUGAACAGAAAGUACCUGUACUCUGCUACCUCUCCUAUUUAUUUCCAGAAUUUUUACGUUUUUUUAGUUUGAUCAACUUUCACUUCGGUUUUUUGACAUUUAUGUCCAAAAUAAUAAAAUCCUUAUUUUCAAAGAUGCCAGUGAGUGCUAUAAAAAGUUUAUAAAAACAAUAAAAAUAAACACUUGUUCACACUUUUUUGAUUGCAAAGUGAAUCUUUUCGAACCCAGGACCUUUUGGCUGUGAGGCGACAGUGCUAACCACUACACCACUGUGCCGCCCAUUGGUUAUCUUUCAGCAUUGAAAAUUCCAAAGACACCCUUAUUUUUGUGUGUUCUGGAUCACAGUAUCCGGAAUUUUGUCUGGAUCAGGAUCAACCUUUGACACCUCAUAAAAUUUCAGGUCAAUCCGUCUGUUACUUUCUCCGUAAAGUUGCUAACAGACAAACAAACAAACCAACAAACAAACAAACCAACGCUACGAGGUACUAAAAUAAAAAACAAAAUUUAAAAUACUGAAAAUUUUGAGAAAUAAAACCAACAAUGCAAAUGGUUAAAAAAGACACAAUAUAAGAAGAAUAUAAAAGAAUAGUUCACAGGUUAAAAGCCAACUUAAAAAGGUGUGUUUUUAGGAGUGAUUUAAAAGUAUGGGGGUCUGUACACUGAAGGAAAAAUCAUAAAACCUUCCAAAAAUAUUCCAAAAAACAUGACGCAAACCAUAAAGAUGAAAACUUGAUCUGCAUACUUUGAAUAAAUUCAUCAUAAUUCGACUCAAAAUCCACUUUUAUUGGGGUUUAAAGUUUUUUUUUACCUCGGGCAGAAGAGGCAGACGCUAGCACACGCUGAGCUCAGCAAAAAUCUAAAUCACUGCUCUCACUGCCUUUUAAGUAAAUCACCUUCAGGCGGGUAAAAGUCGAACAGGUGUUUUUCCGUAACAUGACUGUGACAGGUCUGGACCACUCUGUAACCUUCAUGUGUCAAAUGCCAGAAAUUCUCCUCAAAGUGCUCGUUCGUGAGAAUCGGUGCGGUUGUGCAAGUUUUUGUCGGGGAAAGGUGAGAGAAAAGAUGAGGAAGUUUGGCCACCUGUCCACAGGUUGAACUUAGACGAGGAGGUGGACCUCAAGACGCUGCGGUACUUCACCAUCCCCAACGACAGCGGCGCCCCUUUGGUGUACCCGGUCAGCCAGGAGCUCAUCGACCUCCAGAAGAGGGUUGGCGUGCAUCCACUCUCAAAAAUAUUGCACCUCUCUCCUCUUUCUGGGUUUUAUUUGAGACUUGAAACCUUUAUUUGAUGUUUUCCAGGUGGUGGAGCGUCUGGAGGAAGACCUCGGAGUGAAAGUCGAGGAGGUGAAUUUCCCCGAGCUUCGCCACAGCGUCCAGAUGUGGAACACGUACAUGGGACUCCCCGACAAGGAUGGAAAGGUGGGCCCUGCAGUCAUGACACAGCAGAAAAAAGAGAGUUUCAGUGAGAGAAUGAAGAUGAACUGGAAGGACAGAUAAGAGAGAGGCUCUGUUACUGCGCUGUCGAGGUGAUCAGGUCUGACGCGACAUGUGAAGGAAAUCAGGUCAGUCAUGAGUCACGGUAACAGCGCCCAUUGUAACAGCUGAGAAGCGCUCCACUAAUCCCUUUAGAAGAAGGGAACACAAAACCACUCCACAGCAGACGCUCUCAACACCAGCUGCUGACGAAUUAUCUAAUAUUUCCUUAUUUAAUUCAGAGCUCGGCGAAUAUCUUCUUUUCCGGACGUUUCAAGGUUAACCGCGCCCAUUAAAUCUCCUUUACAUGUUCAAUUUUUAAGCAGAAGCCUGAAGCGACGAUAACUCACCCUCAGAACAGCAAAGUGACGGGCUCUAUUCAGGUUUAGUGUUACCAGCUCCAUAUUCAUUUCACUGUACAGUGAGGAAUCCCAUGGCAACAGAAAAGGACCUCAGGACAGAGACUGUCAGUGUUCGUUAAAGACAGUAUUGACCUGCUUCUGCUGUGUGACCCGACUGAUCCAAUCAGAGGUGGACAGCUGCUCGAUUAUGGCAUAAAGUUUUGCUUCUAAGUCUUAUGUACUUCUACUGAGAGGGGCCAAGCAUCAAUUCUUCACAUUAUCUUAAAAGCUUUUAAAUCAUUUUGGUGAUAAAACUCACUAAAGUAGUAAAGUACUUUUACAUAGUGUCCUAAAAAGUGAAGGAUUUAAACUCUUUAACCGCUUUUACUUUUUCACAGGCUGUAGAUUUUCAAGCUUUCGUAUCUCAUCCUUCAUAACUUUGAGAUCUGGGCCUGUAUUUUAUUACUACACAGGACGAUGUCUGACACUUUUAUACCUAGCAUAUGCUAGCAGAAACGUCUGCAAAUUAUUAUAAACUCAGAUUAACUCCCGACUGGUGUUUUAUUCACAUUAGGUGUGAUGUAGACUGUGCAUUAUAUUUGGGCCGUACACGGAAAUGCAGGACAGGUUGCACCCAUAGACUGUAUAUAGAAUGGAUGCCGUCUGCCUCUCCCGAGAACAGUGCCCUCUAGUGACGGGCUGCAGUAUAGGUCAUAAAUCCCGCCUCCUCCAGCAAUCCCUAUGGAGCUGUGGACAAACUUUAGACAUUUAUUACACAAAAAAUAAAUUUUUCUCCCCCCUGCUUGUGAUGUUGACAUGUAGUUAUUGUAAGACCGGUUUGUGCUCAAGUCCUUUUUUUUCUGUGCACCUCCAUUUUAAAAGUUUUUAGGGGGUUCAUGUUUUCUAUGAUUGACACUUGAUACAGCCUAUGGAAGUACGAAGAUUGCGUAGCUCACCUGGGUGAUACGCUGUUUUAGCUGAGCGUCAACACAGCGAGUCUCGGCGACUCUCCCGCUGAAUGCGUACAAUGCUACUGCGCAAUGUUGGUUUCAGGAAGUGGAGAGAAAACGUGGGAGGCAGAACCAAGUUGUCCAUAGUAUAUACAGUCUAUGAUUGCACCUCUUAUUGAGAAAGGAAGAGGGAAAACAAAAUCUCAUACCUCUCUCCGAACAUUCAGUAACUCUGUGUUUUAAAUGUGUUUCGUAGCAACCCGAGCCUUUUAACGUGAUUUUGGGCGAACCAGGACGACCCGUGAGGCCUAUGUGGGAGUUUGUGAAAUGGUUGUUUGGAAGAUCCACUCACACCUUUGCCUCCAUCGGUACGUUCAGUCUUACGUUGUAUAUUAUGAACAGACACUUUAUUAUUAUUGUUAUUUAUAUUAUUAGCAGAUUGUUUAGAGUCAAAAAGUCUGAAGAUGCAUUCACUCUUAUUAACACACUCUGUGGGGGUUUGUGUGAUGUUUCAGGUCUGGCCCUGCAGGAGAUGACCUGCGGCAAACCCUCACCGUUCAUCAUCGAGCAGAAGGAGAAGCUGCAGAAGGAUAUGGAAGAGCUGCUGGGGACUGACGGUGUUUUCCUGUACCCGACUCAUCCCAGGGCGGCUCCGAUAACCCACCACCCUCUCUUCAGACCCCUUGACUUUGCCUACACAGGUCAGACCACACGCUGCGAAUAUUUACUUCCUUUUCUGUGAUUUUCUUUAACCUUUUUACCAACCUGAGCGCUGCUUGGUCCUCUCCGUCUUUUCCUCUCCCUCCAGGUGUCAUUAACGUCCUCGGUCUCCCGGUUACCCAGUGCCCCCUGGGUCUGAACGAUCAGGGUCUCCCCAUCGGUGUGCAAGUCGGUGCUGGAAAGCUGCAGGACCGCCUGCCUCUGGCGGUGGCUCUGUACCUGGAGAAGGCGUUCGGAGGCUGGAAGGAGCCUGAAGCCGCCUGAAACACACACACAUAAACACACACAGACACACACUCCUGACAGACACGACCAAACCUCCAGACCAGAGCUGAACAGAUAGAAGAAAGUCAAGAGCCACGCUGCCUGUCGUAGUCAACCAGAGGUACAACCCGAUUGUUGAAUGUGAACGCUAAAGAGUUUCUUUUUUUUCAACAAUAAUUAGAAAUUUUAUCUUUUUAGGAAAUUCUGUGACUGAUGCGCCACGAGCACAAGCUUUAAAAACAGAUUGUUUUUGUGAAAAACGCUAAACUGCACACUCAUCACCAAAGCAAAACAAGACUUUUAGUGCUUUUACAUGUUCUUUUUGGGCUUCAUCUUAAAAAAAACUUUGUGUUACAUAGAUCUACUGUUACUUUUUUAACUUUUAAAAGGUCAGACCGCAGAAAGACGAAGCUUUUAAAACGUCCCAUAUGGGGCUCAGCUGACUCCUUAUCCAUUAAAGAAUCAUAAAGGUGUGAUCUGAUCCUGCACUUACAGGUGAGACUAAUCAAGAGGUGACAAUCAAGUUGUGGUCAGAAGAACCAAACACCUGUGGAGAUGUUUACUGUAAAUGUAUAGGAGAGGGGGGGAACAGAGAUAAUAGAGUGAAAAAUUGUUUAAUCCACUUACAGAAAAGUGCAAAAUCUAAGCUGUGUGGUAGCGUGAAUGUUGCAUAAUGGAUUUAAAUCAACUGUGGUGCCUGUUUUCUGCUGCAAACUGUUGUUUCAGAUGAUAAAUAAAAGGAAACAUGUCUAAAUCUUGG